AAGCUGCGGGAGCAGGUAGCAAAGUGACCUCAAGGACUUGGGUGCUCUGGUGGCCACCGCGGCUGGAAAGCGAGCGGAGACCAUGGACGUGUUCCCUAUAGAUUCCUCAGAUAACUACACAGGAGACGACUUGGGCUCUGGUGACUUUGACUUCAACAAGGAACCCUGCUUCAGGGAGGAAAAUGCCCAUUUCAACCAAAUCUUUCUGCCCACUGUCUACUCCAUCAUCUUCUUGACUGGCAUAGUGGGCAAUGGGUUGGUCGUCCUGGUCAUGGGCUAUCAGAAGAAACUAAGAAGCAUGACCGACAAGUACAGACUACAUUUGUCUGUGGCAGACCUCCUCUUUGUCCUCACACUUCCCUUCUGGGCAGUUGAUGCUGUGGCAAAUUGGUAUUUUGGAGACUUCCUAUGCAAAGCAAUUCAUGUCAUCUACACAGUCAACCUGUACAGUAGCGUUCUCAUCCUGGCCUUCAUCAGCCUGGAUCGGUACCUGGCCAUCGUCCAUGCCACCAACAGUCAGAGGCCAAGGAAGCUGCUGGCGGAGAAGGUGGUCUAUGUCGGCGUGUGGAUACCUGCUCUGCUGUUAACCAUUCCUGACCUCAUCUUUGCCAAUACCCAGGUGAUCGAGGACAGGGUCAUGUGUGACCGCUUCUACCCCAGUGACUCCUGGAUGGUGGUGUUCCACUUUCAGCACAUUGUGGUUGGCCUGAUCCUGCCAGGUAUCGUCAUUCUGUCCUGCUAUUGCAUCAUCAUCUCCAAGCUGUCACACUCCAAGGGCUACCAGAAGAGAAAGGCCCUCAAGACCACAGUUAUCCUCAUUCUGGCGUUCUUCGCCUGCUGGCUGCCCUACUACAUUGGGAUCAGCAUUGACUCCUUCAUCCUCCUGGAAAUCAUCAAUCAAGGAUGUGACUUUGAAAACACAGUGCACAAGUGGAUUUCCAUCACUGAGGCCCUCGCCUUUUUCCACUGUUGCCUGAAUCCCAUCCUCUAUGCAUUCCUUGGAGCCAAAUUUAAAACCUCUGCCCAGCAUGCACUCACAUCUGUGAGCAGGGGGUCCAGUCUCAAGAUCCUCUCCAAGGGAAAGCGGGGUGGACAUUCUUCUGUUUCAACCGAGUCUGAGUCUUCAAGUUUUCACUCCAGCUAACACUCAUGUGAAAGACUUCUACUAUAAAGAACUUUUGGUUAAAGUUACACCUUUUUCCAGAUACAAAAGACUGACUGACCGAUACUGUACAGUUUUUACUGUUGUAUUUUCUUGGUUUUUUGGUGUGUUUUUUUUUUUUAGUUUUUGUGAAGUUUAAUUGAUUUAUUUAUAUAAAAUGGUUUUUCUUUUGUUUGUUCGUUUCAUGUAUAUGAGAGUCUAGGCAGGACCUGUGGCCAAGUUCUUAGUUGCUGUAUGUCUGGUUGUAGAUUGUAGAAAAGGGAACUGAACAUUCCAGAGUGUAGUGAAUCACUUAAAGCUAGAAGUGAUCCCCAGCUGUUUGUGCAUAAAUAAUCUCUCCAUUCCAGUGGAACAUUUCUUUUUCCUGUUCCUAAGAUGUUUGGUUACACUAUCUGAGUUUUGCAAUAGAAAUGGCACUUAUAACCAAAGCCUGAAAAGGUGUAGGAAUGCUGGUUGUUUUGGUUUUCAGGAGUGGAUUGAUUUCAGCACCUACAAUGUACAGUCUUGUAUUAAGUUGUUAAUAAAAGUGUG